AUGACCAAGAAACUACCUAAAACACCCAACCCCCCUCCCCCUCCGCCAAAGGACGACGACAAGUCUCCAGAAAAAGACUCAGAAGAAACCCUCCCAAUCCUCAUCUGGUUCCUCACAGGCGGCGGCCACCUAAACCACAAGUUAAACCCCAAACCCAAUCGCAAGUCCAACAACAAUCCACCAGCACCGCCCACCGCAGCCCGCUUUGCUCGCAUGGCCGAUUGCCGCCUUCGUAAAGAAGCUGAACUCGAGGCGCAAAAGGAAGCAGCGGGGCAAAAGAAUAAGGAAGGAAAGGUGGGAAAGAAGGAGGAGAAGGAAAGAGGGAAGGAGGAGAAGGAGAGAAGGAAGAGAGAAAAUCUGAAAUGGUUGAGGGGGAAGGGGGUAAGGGUUGGGUUAUUAGAGGGGGUUGUUGGGGAGUGUGUGAAGGGUAUUAAAGCUGGAAGGGGCGAGGGGAAGUGA